AAACAACAAAUCUCGUCACAAAACAUCUUUAAAACAAUGUAUGGUUUAAAUUUUUGUUUUCGUUUUAUCCAUCCGACCGACAAACAACAGAAACUAGCAGAGGAAAGAAAGCAAUAUGGCUACCGCGAAUAAGUUAGGAAUAAGUUGCAACGCUUUGCAGAAAGUGGGCCCGCUACUUAGCACCCCGAGGUGGGACCGGGCCAUUAGACAGGGAUACCAACCUAACACAAUGGUCCAUACAUCACCGCCUUUUGGAUAUCUGCAGUCAUUAUCGCGGGUAAAUGAAGCUGUGGCAGCGAUAUUGGCAAUAACUCACUCACUAUCGAUCCUCAGCUUUCAUUUCGACGGUUUAAUAUCCUUCCUUGUAAAGGUUCCUCGACUGGCCUGGUUGCUUCACGCUCAGGAGUCAGCGAGGCCGCUGGGCUUUUUCACAUAAUGCAACAAAUCCAUCCCAAUGCUUGGAUUAUUUCGUUAUGGGAGUUCAUAUCUGACUUCAAAUCAUGAUCCAAAUUAAAUCAUAUUUCAUAUAAUUUUCGUUUUAUUUCUUGUUUUUUAUAACCUAUACUUUUCAUUUAGUUCAUCUGUGUACUUCAAGUAUUGGUUUAGUACCAAACAAAAUAAAAUACUUACC